CACACAGGCGCGCGCCACACACAGGCGCGCACACACACCCUCCCUCCGUCCCUCCCUCUCCCGCCGGCUCGCCUGCCUCUGCCUCUGCUUCUCGCUCGCAGCCGGCAGCUGCACCUGCUCGUCGCCAGCCCUCGCCCUUAGGACUCGCUCGAGCCGGGCCGGGGAUGUGGUCCCGGAGUGGCGGCGCGGGGACGCCGGAGCCCAGCGGCCUCCUGCCCCCACUAUCCCUGAGCCCUCAACCACGGGAGGCCCAGGAAGGAAAGUGACCAGGGCAUCGACUGGCGUCUGGGUUGAACAAAUUAAGAAGGAUUCUCUGCCUGCCUUCCAGUUGCCCUCCAGUCAAAGGUCUGUCGAUUUGCUGAAAAGUGAGAAAAGCUUUUGCCUCAGGUUCGUGUAAAAUGUGGUGCCCAGAACUGACGCCAGACAGGGCCUGAUCAGUGCCUACGACGCUGAUUCAUCUUGCUCUGGCUGUCUUGAGCUCUGGCCAACUCUGGAGUCCUCUUCACUGGAAGCCCUAGCACACAUCUAGACUGUAGUUUCUCUUGGGUGAUCUCACGCCACCCCAGUUCUGCCUGGACCCUCUCAGCAGCAGCACCUUGAGGAAGUACUGGAGCCUCUGCACCUAGCUAAGAGAAAGCCAAGAAACACGUGCAUGGUGGGACCACAGUGGACAGGACAUCAUUCUCCCUGCCUCCGGGCACCGGUCCCUUUGCAUCCUGACACCGUCUGACCCAGGUGAGAGAGAGGAUGAUCGCCGGGGACGCUAGCAUGCACACCCCCAUCCUGGCCUGCUGGCAGCCGAUCCUCCUGCUGGUGCUGGGCUCUGUGCUGUCGGGCUCGGCCACGGGCUGCCCGCCCCGCUGCGAAUGCUUGCCCCAGGAACGCUCCGUCCUCUGCCACCGUAAGCGGUUCAUCGCCGUGCCCGAGGGCAUCCCCACGGAGACGCGGCUCCUGGACCUGGGUAAGAACCGCAUUAAGACUCUCAACCAGGACGAGUUCGCCAGCUACCCCCACUUGGAAGAGCUGGAACUCAACGAGAACAUUGUCAGUGCUGUGGAGCCCGGAGCCUUCAACAAUCUCUUCAACCUCAGGACUCUGGGGCUGCGCAGCAAUCGGCUCAAGCUCAUCCCCUUGGGCGUCUUCACGGGCCUCAGCAACCUGACCAAGCUGGACAUCAGCGAGAACAAGAUCGUCAUUCUCUUGGACUACAUGUUCCAGGACCUGUAUAACCUCAAGUCCCUGGAGGUCGGAGACAAUGACCUCGUCUACAUCUCCCACCGAGCCUUCAGCGGCCUCAACAGCCUGGAGCAGCUCACGCUGGAGAAGUGCAACCUGACCUCCAUCCCCACCGAGGCGCUCUCCCACCUGCACGGGCUGAUCGUGCUGCGGCUGCGCCAUCUCAACAUCAACGCCAUCCGGGACUACUCGUUCAAGAGGCUGUACCGGCUCAAGGUCCUGGAGAUCUCCCAUUGGCCCUACCUGGACACCAUGACCUCCAACUGCCUCUACGGCCUCAAUCUGACCUCGCUGUCCAUCACUCACUGCAACCUGACCGCCAUCCCCUACGUCUCGGUGCGCCACCUGGUCUAUCUCCGCUUCCUCAACCUGUCCUACAACCCCAUCCUGACCAUCGAGGGGUCCAUGCUCCACGACCUGCUCCGGCUGCAGGAGAUCCAGCUGGUUGGGGGUCAGCUCAUGAUGGUGGAGCCCUACGCCUUCCGAGGACUCAACUACCUACGUAUCCUGAACGUGUCUGGGAACCAGCUGACCACCCUGGAGGAGUCUGCGUUCCACUCGGUGGGCAACCUAGAGACGCUGAUCCUGGACAACAACCCGCUGGCCUGCGACUGCCGCCUGCUCUGGGUCUUCCGGCGCCGCUGGCGGCUCAACUUCAACAAGCAGCAGCCGACGUGUGCCACGCCGGAGUUUGUCCAGGGCAAGGAGUUCAAGGACUUCCCCGACGUCCUCUUGCCUAAUUACUUCACCUGCCGCCGGGCCCGGAUCCGGGACCGCAAGCCGCAGCAGGUCUUUGUGGACGAAGGCCACACGGUGCAGUUUGUCUGCCGGGCCGACGGGGACCCGCCACCCACGAUCCUCUGGCUCUCGCCCCGCAAGCACCUCAUCUCCGCCAAGAGCAACGGACGGCUGACCGUCUUCCCCGAUGGCACCCUGGAGGUGCGCUACGCUCAGAUCCAGGACAACGGCACCUAUCUGUGCAUCGCUGCCAACGCCGGCGGGAACGACUCCAUGCUGGCUCACCUGCACGUACGGAGCUACUCCCCGGACUGGCCCCAUCAGCCCAAUAAGACCUUCGCCUUCAUCUCCAACUUGCCCAACGAGAGCGACGCCAACAGCACGCGCGCCACCGUGCCUUUCCCUUUUGACAUCAAGACUCUCAUCAUCGCCACCACCAUGGGCUUCAUCUCUUUCCUGGGCGUGGUCCUCUUCUGCCUCGUCCUCCUGUUUCUCUGGAGCCGAGGAAAAGGCAACACAAAGCACAACAUUGAGAUCGAAUAUGUCCCCCGCAAGUCGGACGCUGGCAUCAGCUCUGCCGAUGCCCCCCGCAAGUUUAAUAUGAAAAUGAUCUGAGGCAGGGCAGGGGGCAAGGGUGCCCAGGGGUGUAGGAAGGGACCACCCCAGGCCCCUGGACAUGAAACUUUGAGACUUAACAUGGCAAUCUCUCUCUCUCCCUUUCUCUCUCUCUCUCUCUCUCUCUCUCUCUCUCUCUCUGUCUCUCUCACAAUUCCUUCCACUUCUCCCAUCCUUACCACCCCAUCUCACCCUUACUGCCCUUGCCCCCUGUCCAAUACACAGCCCUGGCCCGGCCCCGGCCCUCACCACCUGCUCUCUUUAUACAAGGACAACAUCUGGCCAGGUGUUUGGACUCAGUGUUUGUAGGGACAUGCUCUGACGGACUGGGGUCAGAGGCCACUGCAGAACAAAACAAACAACGAACCAAGAAACACAAAAAAUUCAAUAAAUCAAUAAAAAAAAAGUUAAGAACUUCCUCUGUAACUUGGGUUUCAAUAAUUAUGGAUUUUUAUGAAAACUUGAAAUAAUAAAAAAAAAAACUAUUUCCUAUA